AUGGCACGAACACUAUACGCCAUGUAUGCUCUAGUUGUCAUCACGACACUACUUCCCGGAUCUUCUGCUGUGACAGCGGUCGGUUAUCUCGGAAAUGCUUGCAAUGGCGAAUCGCUCUUUGCCGUCACGCCAGCAGCUGGGUCAUGUUCCAACGUCACGGAUGUGGAUGAAGCAGCUGGCUCUAUUACCUUGACGGACUUCGCCGCGAAUGAAGGCAUAUUUCUGUACUCGGACGCCAGCUGUGUCGACAUGAUCGAUCAAGCAUCAUCGGAUGAAUGCUAUCUGGUGCCAUCAACCACUACGGUUCAGUCCUUCCUUUCUGAUGGGGGUGCUUGA